ACAAUAUUGAAUUCGAUGCAUAAAUAUCAGCCGCGGUUACAUGUGGUCCGGUGCUCCGAGCUCAUCAAUUUGCCCUAUUCUACUUUUCGCACAUUUGUUUUCAAGGAGACCGAAUUUAUCGCUGUCACUGCUUAUCAGAAUGAAAAGAAGGCUAGAGUUGAAGCACAUUUGCUUGUGAAUUUGAGGAGUAACAACGGCGGCGAACACGGUCUGGGGUCCAUAAGUGGUCAUUUGCUGAUGGACCGCACUGGAUUGGCAUAA